GCAAGCAGACGGGCGCCGCCGUCGCAUCCCUCCUCUCCGACGACUAACCCUAGAUCCGUCCCCAUGCCGCCGUCUUCGGCUCUCGGCAAGCGCGACGGCGGGGACGGCAUCCUGGCCGCCCUCUCCCUGUCGCAGGUGGCUGCGCAUGGGCGCGAGGCUGCCACCAGGGCGAAGAAGCUGCUGCGGAGCACGGGCAAGGCGGCCUGGAUCGCGGGCACCACCUUCCUGGUGCUGGUGGUGCCGCUCAUCAUCGAGAUGGAUAGGGAGCAGCAGCUCAACGACCUCGAGCUGCAGCAGCAGACGCUCCUCGGAGGCCCGCCGGCGCCCAUCAAGUAGAUUAGAUUAGCAUCCUCCGCCGCCGCCGCCGCCGCCGCCGCCGCCCCUUGUGGUGCCUGCCUGCACCUUUAUUAUUUGCUUACUACUACUAGUACUCUAUUAUAUUACUGCUCCCAUGCUCAAGUAGUUUCAGUUGAGAGGGAGGGGGGGAUGCAGUUGUCUUCGGUGUCUCUGAUUGUGUAUGUUUGGUUGAAUCAAUCAACCAAUCUGUUGGUCGUUUAUGCGUUCCUCUUCCUCCAAUAAAACAUAGGGAUUGAUCAAUUGUGCCUGCUUUGCUUGUGUUUGUUAUAUACACCAUAAUAAUAGGCUGCUACUUGUUAUUUGAUACAGUAUAGUUGGUAUGCUUGCGACAGAA